CUUCCGUGAUCACAGCCCCCUUCCCCCGCCCAUACCCCCAUGAUUAUGAAUGUCCAGGAGCAGCUUCCCUCACCCCCAUGUCUACACGUGCAGCUCCCAUACACACAUGCCCCUCAGCCCGGGUGCCAGUGCAGAUGUGCCGCCUCUGGGGGAGCCCCUGGGCCGGCAGGAACGGAGAACUCAGCCCUUGAAACCUUCUUGCGGAUCGGGGCUUCAAGAGCAGAUGCACCUUGGAUUGGGGCGGUUUCAAAACGCAUGGCUUUGAGGAGGCACAGUUCCUCACUUUGGAACUGAGCAGCCUCCAAGCUGCAGCCCUGGAGGAGGCCGAGCCGGGGCCGCGAGGAACCAUCUGGAGUCUGGGUACCCUCUGCGCACUGGAGCUGGGGUCAUGAAGCCUCAGGAUGAGCCUUGCUCCAUGACCGCCUCCUGCUCUUAGGGUUCAGGAGAGGCAGAAGGGCCCAGAGGGGUGAAGGUAGGGGAGGCGGCCCCCCCUCCUCCUGGAUGCUGGGGACCAGUCUCCAUGCCAGGUCUAGGAGCCAGGAAGUCCACUCCCUUGGGGGCCCCUGGCCAUAUUGCACAGACCUCUCCUGUCUUGUCACCUUCCCUCUUUGUGCCUUCACUCCUGCUUAAGGGAUCUACACUGCAUCUAGAGAGACAUUCAUAUGUAGCCUGGCCUGGCUGACAAUAGGAGGUGGGACUCAAAGCCUUGUGCUUUGGGCUUUAAAAAGAUCACGGGAAGGAGGAUUGUUCAGAGAAGUGUGUUCUUGUGGGUGUGCUCCGCCCCACACCUAUCCCAGCCAACCCCUCAGAGGAGAGUAGAAGAAGUGAGGUGGGGGAAGCCAGAGUUGGGGGCCUCUAUGCACUUGUCGGGGGGUCUCCAACAAGUGCGCAGCCUGUCCAAAGAGACUCAGAGGCAGGACCCUGCAGAGACGCCGGCGCGCGGGUGCACUGCUGAGCCCUACCACGCUGGGCCUGGUUGGCCACGGCAGUGAGUGCAUGCGACCCACAGCCAGUGUCACCAAACCCAGGGGCGCACGCAGGCAGAGGCGCAGCGAACACAGUGCAUUUGGGCGCACACACCUGCGGGCUCACAGACGCGCCCACGCUCCCGCAGUCACGCGCAGACACAUGCAGGCACGUGCACGCACACAGGAGCACACAUUGCGGAGCACAACACCCAGGAGGAGCGCACGCCCCCGCGUGGUUCUCCCGCGGUGCCUCCCCCCAGGUGCACCCUGCAGAGCGGGCCAGAGCGGUGUGGCUGGUUGAAGUUGGUGGUUGGGGGGAUUGUCCGAGCCAAGGCGGUUUGGGCAAGCCCUGGAGGCGGCUCCCGCCGCACGCUUCGGUCAGCCUCCCCUUUAAAAAACCCGCCCGCGGAGGAGGCGGAUGUAGGGGUGGCCCGUCCAAUGGCAGCCGCGCGCCUCAGGAGACUUGAAGACGUGAGCCAGAGCGAGCGACAGAGCUGGUUCCGACCGAUCGACGGGCGGAGGGCCAGACGGCGGCCGAGGCGCACUCGCUGCCCACUGCCCGCUCGCCUGCCGGCACUCCAGCCCCAGCGCCCGCCGCAGCCCCAGCCCCAGCGAGAUGCGCGGCCCUGGAGGCGGGGCACGGGCGACCACUGCGCCGGGGCCCACGCGCUCGGGUCCCUAGCGCCGCGUUCCGCCGCCCUACCUUGGGAGGGCCGCGGAGACCCCGGCCUCAGCUGGCCCACGCGCUCUGCCCGCGGGGCCUGCGCAGCCCCGCCAGGAGCGCCGGCCCAACAUGCUCCUGCUGUCGCCGCGCAGCGCGCUCCUCUCCGUCUAUUGCCCGCAGAUCUUUCUCAUCCUGUCCAGCGGCAGCUACCUAGCGCUGUCAUCCGUCGUGGCCCUGGGAGCCAACAUCAUCUGCAACAAGAUUCCUGGCUUGGCCCCGCGGCAGCGUGCCAUCUGCCAGAGCCGGCCCGAUGCCAUCAUCGUGAUUGGGGAGGGGGCGCAGAUGGGCAUCAACGAGUGCCAGUACCAGUUCCGCUUCGGACGCUGGAACUGCUCCGCCCUCGGCGAGAAGACUGUCUUCGGGCAAGAGCUCCGAGUAGGGAGCCGGGAGGCCGCCUUCACGUACGCCAUCACCGCCGCCGGCGUGGCUCACGCCGUCACCGCCGCCUGCAGCCAGGGCAACCUGAGCAACUGCGGCUGCGACCGCGAGAAGCAGGGCUACUACAACCAGGCCGAGGGCUGGAAGUGGGGCGGCUGCUCCGCCGACGUGCGCUACGGCAUCGACUUCUCCCGGCGCUUCGUGGACGCCCGCGAGAUCAAGAAAAACGCCAGGCGCCUCAUGAACCUGCACAACAAUGAGGCGGGCAGGAAGGUCCUGGAGGAGCGCAUGAAGCUGGAGUGCAAGUGCCACGGCGUGUCGGGCUCGUGCACCACCAAGACGUGCUGGACCACGCUGCCCAAGUUCCGCGAGGUGGGCCACCUGCUCAAGGAGAAGUACAACGUGGCGGUGCAGGUGGAGGUGGUGCGGGCCAGCCGCCUGCGGCAGCCCACCUUCCUGCGCAUCAAACAGCUGCGCAGCUACCAGAAGCCCAUGGAGACGGACCUGGUGUACAUCGAGAAGUCGCCCAACUACUGCGAGGAGGACGCGGCCACGGGCAGCGUGGGCACCCAGGGCCGCCUGUGCAACCGCACGUCCCCCGGUGCCGACGGCUGCGACACCAUGUGCUGCGGCCGAGGCUACAACACCCACCAGUACACCAAGGUCUGGCAGUGCAACUGCAAGUUCCACUGGUGCUGCUUCGUCAAGUGCAACACGUGCAGCGAGCGCACCGAGGUCUUCACCUGCAAGUGAGCGGCUCCUCCCCGCCCCGCGGCCCCGCCCCCCCGCCCCGCGGCCCCGCCCCGCGGCGUUUUGCACUUCUGCUCCCAGCCGGGCCGCCGGCAGAGGUGGGUGGAGAAGGUGGGAGCUCCGCGGGCGGGCGCGGCAGAGCUCCCCCGGGGCCGGUCACCCUCUCCUUGCCCCCCAGGGGCUCCCUCCUGCCAUUCCUGUCCCCUCCCGUGGCAGAACAGUGCCCAUCACCUGGCCCAGAGGGCGAGGCCAAUGGCAUGAGUGUCCCCGAGGGGCCCAGUGAAUUUCUUUUCUUUUCUCCGGGAGAGUGAACCCCAAGGACACCCACAUACCCCGGAAAGCAAAGCGACAAGACUCUGAGUGUCCUCCCCCGCCUGUGGUAUGGACACGGAAAGACUGUCCCAGGCCACCUCAGUCACUGGGCUCCAGGGCGGUUUGGGCAAAUGUUGACAAAAAUUAUUUAUGUUUUCUUAGUAUCAGAAGAGGACUUUAGCACUAAGGCAUAGCCGGUCCUAACUCCAUACUCUGUGUUAGCUCAUCCCCUUGCUGCUCUCUGCUUCCUCUUUUGGCCCCUGGGUACCCUCGGGAGCAUCCCUGUGUAUGGCCCUGUCCCUGGGGAGGUGGCGGUGCACGCGGUCCCCAUGUGAGCUGGGCAGGGGCUUGGUGGCUGACAUGACCAAGACGGCCUCUGAGGAGAGCCACGGACAGGGACCUCUGGCCCUUCCUUUCCUUCUUUUGAAAACCAGCUCUAGCAAAUCAAAAUGUCACCCAUGUCAGGUUCCAGGAGUGCUGCGUCCCCUCCCUAAUGCUGGUGCCCUUCCAGUCCCCCGCCAGCCUGACACCCCCUAGUUUACAGAGCCCCCUCCCACCCUGGAACCAGCUGAAACCCCAGGACAGCGCUGUGCCGGGGCAAGCUGGUGGGAAGGGGGAUAGUUCAGGGGUGUUCGCCUUAUUUGACAGAUGGGGAAACUGAGGCCAAGAAUGGCUCAAGCACUAGCCAGAGACCCCAAGGCCGUGAGUGGAGGCUCCCCCAUACCAGGCCUCCUGACCCUGAAGGACACGUUCUAGGGAUGCCCAGGGUGAGGGGCAGCCCCCAUGCCUUGAAAAAUCUGGCCGUGCUCUUCCCCCCCGCUGCCAGCCUCCCUGGGGUCCACGCCCCGCCUCGAGGUGCCUUUGAGAGUUUCUCCUGUGGUCUUCUUGCCCAAUCCUGGUCCUUUCGCCCUGGCCCGGAUGCUGAGAAGACUCGGAUAGGGCGUUGCUCCGCUGGGUUCCCACCUGCUGUGCCAGCAGACACUCCCCCGUGGUCCCCAUACCACUCAGGCCCUCCCUUGAGGUCCGAAUCACCCCGAAACCUGGGAAACGGGAAUGGAAAGGGGUCCUGCUUGGUUUUAAACUGUGUGCGGGAUAGGGAGAGAUUGGGGGCCGGGGACUUGGCACUGGACGUGUCCUCUAACACUAUUCCCACCCACCUUGGGGAGACUGAGGCACAACUUGUCCAGGCCCAGAAAGGCUGGUGUGCACUUGCUUCUGGAGCACCACUGCCCGUGCACUUGUCCCUGCUCUGAAUUUAGGGUGUUUUCUCGCAGAAACCCGUGGAAAUGUGUCUUCAGGCUACUGACCAGCCAAGUGGGCUGGACAUUAGCCUGGGGUGAGUGACCCUGGGCCCUGGCCCUGGCGUCCACCCUGCCUGCCUCGAUGAUGCCAGGACGCUCCACCAACAGCGGCUGUCCUGGGAGCUUCCAGGCCACUGUGAAUGCCCCCCAGUCCCCUUCCCCCCCGAUCCCGGGUCCCAGGACACCCCUGAGUCCACAGGCCUAGCAUCUUCUGCCAAGGAACCUGGUUAACUUAUAUUGUUAUAUAGCGUCGAAAUGUCUAUAGUGUCUUUUAAAUUAUUGUGACCUACACUGGGUGCUGGGGGGCGGGGGUGGCCGCGCUGUCCCCGAGCCAGCCUCCUCCUCCUGCUUGAAACAGACCCUUGGACCCUUGGGGCCCCUGAUGCCACCAAGUCAUGCGCACUGUCCCUCGGCUACGAGGUGCCGCCACCGAGACCCCGCCGCCCCCUAACAGUCUGUCAGCAGCAGCCCUUCCCUUGGGUGGGGGUGGGGUGUCAGCGUGGCCCAGGCAGGGACGGGGGUGGCCAAGGCGCUGCGUGUCUCCGCAGUGCCCUCACUUCAGGAGAGCUGCUGGGGUUCUGAUGGGCUGUGUCUGGCCUCCCCGAGAGGGGAGCGCUCGGCUCCAAUAAAGCUGGAAUCAGAGAA